GCAAAGGGGGUGUGGCAGGAGCAGUCUCGCCACGCCCCCUGCCCCCGCCUGCAUCCAAGAGCGGGUCCCUGCGCCCACUCACUGGUCUCUUUAGGCUGCGGGCCGGAGCGCUCAGGUUGCGCAGAUUCGAGCGGCGGCGGCGGCUUAGCGCCCUCGCACCGCCCUGCGCCCCUCCCGCCGGCGCCGCCGCCGCCCAGCUGUCGGAGGUGCUCUGCUCGCGCGCCCAGGGCAUGCUCCGCGCUCCUGCGCCCGGCCUCGGCGGCGGCAAGGGACGCCAUCCGCCCGCGGAGACAUGAGGCUCAGCCCGUGGGCUGCCCUGGCCUUGGGGCUGCUGUUCCUCAGCCUCGCCCAGGCCAACUUCGCGCCCCACUUCUUCGACAACGGGGUCGGCAGCACCAAUGGAAACAUGGCCCUGUUCAGCCUCCCAGAGGACACCCCUGUAGGCUCUCACGUGUACACCCUGAAUGGGACAGACCCUGAGGGAGACCCGGUGUCCUACCACAUCAGCUUUGACCCCAGCGCCAGGAGCGUCUUUUCUGUAGACCCCGCUUUUGGAAACAUCACUCUGGUGGAAGAACUGGACAGAGAGAGGGAGGAUGAGAUUGAAGCCAUCAUCAGCAUUUCGGACGGACUGAAUCUGGUGGCAGAAAAAGUCACGGUCCUGGUGACGGAUGCCAACGACGAGGCACCCCAGUUCAUCCAGGAGCCUUACGUUGUCUUGGUCCCCGAGGACACACCUGCUGGGAGCAGCAUCUUUAAGGUCCGUGCAGUGGACAAGGACACAGGCUCUGGAGGGAGUGUCACCUACUUCCUGCAGAAUCUGCAUCCCAGCAAAUUUGCUGUGGACCGCCACAGCGGUGUGCUGCGCCUGCAGGCUGGGGCCACCCUGGACUACGAGAAGUCCCGGACCCAUUUCAUCACCGUGGUCGCCAAGGAUGGUGGGGGCAGGCUCCGUGGGGCUGACGUGGUGUUCUCAGCCACGGCCACGGUCACGGUCAACGUGGAGGAUGUUCAGGACACGGCCCCUGUCUUCGUGGGCACACCCUACUAUGGCUACGUGUAUGAGGACACCCUCCCGGGCUCCGAGGUGCUGACAGUGGUGGCCAUGGACGGCGAUCGGGGCAAUCCCAACCGUGUCCUCUAUAGCCUCGUGAACGGAAGCGAGGGAGCCUUUGAAAUUAAUGAGACAUCCGGAGCCAUCUUCCUCACACAGAGCCCUGCCCAGCUGCAGAGAGAAAUGUAUGAGCUGCACGUGCAGGUCACUGAGAUCAGCUCUGCAGGGAGCCCAGCUGCCCAGGCCAUGGUCCCCGUCACCAUCAGGAUCGUGGACCUCAACAACCACCCACCGACAUUCUAUGGAGAGAGCGGGCCCCAGAACAGGUUUGAGCUGUCCAUGUAUGAGCACCCGCCCCAGGGGGAGAUCCUGCGGGGCCUCAAGAUCACCGUCAACGACUCCGACCAGGGAGCCAAUGCCAAGUUCAACUUGCGGCUGGUGGGCCCAGGAGGCAUCUUCCGAGUGGUGCCACAGACGGUCCUGAAUGAAGCCCAGGUGACCAUCAUCGUGGAGAACUCAGCUGCCAUUGACUUUGAGAAGUACAAAGUAUUAGCCUUCAAGCUCCUGGCCGUGGAAGUGAACACCCCAGAGAAGUUCAGCUCCACAGCAGAUGUUGUGAUCCAGCUCCAGGACACCAACGACAAUGACCCCAAGUUCACCUCCCACUACUACAUUGCCAGGAUCCCCGAGAAUGCCCCAGGGAGCACCAACGUGGUGGCUGUCACAGCAGUGGAUCCAGACACAGGACCCUGGGGUGAAGUCAAAUACUCCAUCUAUGGGACUGAGGCAGACCUGUUCCUGAUCCACUCAUCCACUGGGCUUAUCUACACCCAGCCCUGGGCCAGCCUGGACGCCGAGGCCACUUCCAGGUACAACUUCUAUGUGAAGGCCGAGGACAUGGAGGGAAGGUACAGUCUGGCCGAGGUGUGUGUCACCGUGCUGGACGUCAAUGACCACUACCCCCAGUUUGGAAAGAGCAUCCAGGAGAAGACAAUGGUGCUGGGGACCCCCGUGAGGAUUGAGGCCAUAGACCAGGACGCAGAAGAACCUAACAACCUGGUGGACUACUCCAUCACCCAUGCCGAGCCGGCCAAUGUAUUCGACAUUGAUGCACACACAGGGGAGAUCCGGCUCAAGAACUCCAUCAGCUCCUUGGAUGUCCUGCACAACAUCACUCCCAGUGGGGAGGACUGUACGUGGUCCCUGGAGGUGCAGGCCAAGGACCGCGGCUCACCAUCCUUCAGCACCACGGCCUUGCUCAAGAUUGACAUCACAGACACGGAGACGCUGUCCCGAGAUCCCAUGGCUGCCUUCCUGAUACAGACCAAGGACAACCCCAUGAAGGCUGUGGGUGUGCUGGCCGGCAUCAUGGCCAUCGUCGUGGCCAUCACCAUCCUCAUCUCCACCGCCACCUUCUGGCGCAACAAGAAAUCCAACAAGGUCUUGCCUGUGCGGCGUGUGAUCCGCAAGCGGCCCAGCCCUGCGCCCCACGCCGUCCGUGUCGAGUGGCUGAAGUCCAGGAAGGCCAAAGCCGCAACCAAGUUCAUGCUCAAGGAGGAUCCUCCCAAUGAGAGCGACGACAGCCACGGCCCAGUUAGCUCACUGCCCCCUCGAGCUCCAGCUCUGCCUCCGCCUCCCAGUGUGGCACCCGACACAGGUGCAGCCCACUGGACAGUGCCUACAGUCUCUGGAUCCCUGGUCCCCCAGCAACCUCAACAAUCACCGCCAGAACCCAGGGCCUCGGGGAGCCCCAUCCGGUCAACUCUGGUCUCUGAGCUCAAGCAAAAGUUUGAGAAGAAGAGUAGGGACAACAAGGCUUACUUCUAGACUCUGUCUUGAAGUCUCCUCUCCACCCCAACUCUGUCCACUCUGCUACCCUCACUGUGUCCUCACAUCCUGCUCCAGAAA